AUGGCACUAAUGAAUGCAGCACCUUAUGAUUUUCCAAGCUCUCCAGAGUCUGAGUUUUCAUCGUAUUACUCCACCAUUCUGUCGUCAAAUGAUACUGAUCAUGAAGAAAUUAAUAGAACUCUAGACCCUAAAUUUGAGUUCCCAAAGAGAAAUCCAGUUGAAUAUUAUCAAGUUGCUAAUCCUUAUGCAGAUUCUUUGUGGUGGUCUGCAACUGGUGAUAAAGGUACAAACGCUAUUGGAAAGAUUCAAGAAAGAGUAAACAAAUCAAGAAAAAGAGUUGCUGAUGACUUAGCUUUACCACCUCCAAGACUUGAAUCGCUAGAUAAAAGUAACAAGAAAGUUGAUUCGCCUAUUGGAAAUGAACAUUUCGAUGACUUAUUUGAAGACAAAUAUUUAGAUGAGUCAAAAGCUAAAAAAGGGUUAUUGAAUGUGGAAAUUACAGAUAGCAAAUAUAGAAAAGCACUGAAAGAGCUUAUAGAUACAGAAAUCAAGUACUAUUCUGACUUGAGUUUGAUUAAUAGUGUUUACAGAUCUUUGUUAAACAACUCUAGAAAAUACAAAAAUAUAUUGAAUAAACAAGAACAAGCUGUUAUAUUUGCAAACAUUGAUACAUUGAUAGACUUGAGUCAUUUAUUGGUUAAGGAAUUGAAAAAGGCCAUUAAAAGGGAAGCUCAAGGUGCUUUCAAUGAUGAUGGAACAACUGGUGAACAAAUCUCAUCUUCAUUGGUUGAAAACAUUGAUAUUGGUGAACUAUUUGAUAACCAACUAAACAGAUUGAAGAUUGCUUAUUUAUCAUAUGCACAAAAUCAUAAAACUCAAAUGCAAGAACUUAAUAGAUGUACCAACUUUAAUGGUCCAAAAGUUAGCAAAUGGCUUGAAGAAUGUGCUUUUCUUGCAAAAUCUAAAUCAGAAUGUUGGGAUUUUGAGUCGUUAUUAAUAAAACCUAUCCAAAGAAUUGCUAAAUAUCCACUUAUGAUUGAUGCUUUGAUCAACAAUUCUUGUGAUGAUGUUUCAUUUGAAAAUAUUCAAAAAUUAUGUGAUGCUAAAGAACAUGUUGAGAAAAUUCUUGAAAUUAUAAACAAUGCUACUUCGACAUCUCCUGGAUCACAAGAUGGUGCUGAAACUAUUGGAGACUUUACAACUACUAGCUCUACUCUAGAAAGACUUCCUUCAAGUAGACGUGAUGAAUACUUGAAUAUUAUAAAAGAUUUCAAAAUAAAGUAUACUAACUUGAAGAAUCUGAAAAAUGGUAUUGUUGAAACAUUACCUACUUUAUCAUGUUUCCUAGAUGAUCAUUUGAUUUUAGCUGAAAGUUGGAGAGUUUUCAUGGAAUAUGGUGACUCCACGGUGGAUGAUCAUUAUAUUAAAUCAAUUUAUUCAUCUUAUAGCAGUAAACUGAAAGACCAAAGAUCAAAAACACUUUUGACAGUUAAUGAAAUAAAAAAUGGAAUAUUGAAGGCUCUGGAUAUGGCUUUGGAGCUUUGUGAAACGGCAAGAACCAAUAUCAACAAACAUAGUGCCUAUAGAGCUGCAUAUAUUAACUAUAUGAAUAAAGAAAAAUCAUCAUUUAAGAUGCCUCAACAAAUACAGAACAAAGGAUCUACACAAAAGGAAGCUCAAGAGUAUAUUUUAAUUGAAAAUCAAAUCAUAGAUGAAGUUCCUUCAUUGAUCAAAUAUCUAGAUGACUUUUUACAUACAAUAGUCUUAUCAUAUCAUAAAACCAUAACCCAAUGGUUCAAGAUGUUGGCUGGUGAAAGACAAGUUGAACAAUACGAAGACUUAGUUGCGGAAGGAGCAUUAAAGCCUGGUGAUAAUUUUGAUAUAAUAGAACUUCAUACAAUUGCUAGACAUCAUACAAGAAAGGCCCUGGAAGAAUUUACAACUGAUCAUCUAUCCUCUAUACACCCUGAAUAUAAAGACAAGAACAUCGAUGCUGCUAUACGGAUUUAUCCAAGCAGAGUUAUUAGGAAACUUUUUGGUAACUUAGCAGUUUUUGAUUCAAAUGCUAUAGAGAAUGAACAAUUAUCAGUCAAUAAUCCAGACCGUGAAGAAUAUAUUAAAUCAGUCUCAAGAGAUAACGCUCAACUUCUUAUAAAUCAAAUAUUAUCAUUACCAAUCAAAACCACAACUGAAAGUAAUGGAUCAAAUGGUCAAUCUUCAAGUAUAACAUUAGUUCAACUUCCACCACCAACUACAGAAUUACCAAGAGAAAAGCCAUUACCAAAACCAAAGGAACCAACCAAAUGGGAACAAUUUGCUGCCAGAAAAGGUAUUCAAGCUAAAGAAAAAUCAGGUAAAUUGGUUUAUGAUGAAGAAAGUCGUGAAUGGGUUCCAAAAUGGGGUUACAAAGGUAAAAACAAAGCUCUUGAAGAUCAAUGGUUAGUUGAAGAUGAUGAAGUCAAGACCAAAAAACCAAAAACAGAUGAAUUAAUUGAUCCAAGAUCAUUACACAGAGCAGAAAGAAAGAGACUUAUCAAAAAGAAUGAGUUACAACAAAAACAUUUAGAACAGGUUUCGAUCAAAAGAAUAAGAAAUGCAUUACAAGAGUUAUUUGUGGUAAAAUUUGAAGGUGAUGAUAAAAAAAAGAUGAGUGACUUAAUAUUGGAAAGAUAUCAUAAUUUAAUGGAUGAAAGAACUUCCACUAGAAAACAGAUGGAAGAUGAUGCUGAACUUGCUGCUAAACUCCAGAAAGAAAGUGGUUCAGGAAGAAUAAAGAGAAAAAGUAACGCUAGUUCCUCAAAAGUCACAAAACCGAAGAAACCACGUAAACCGGUUAGUCCGUCUGGUAACUCUAUUGCAGCAUUAUCAUUGAACCUUAGUCCAAAAUUGGCUGAAUUUCUAGGAGAACAAAAAUUACCACGUACUCAAGUUGUUAAAAAAGUUUGGGAAUAUGUUAAAGAAAAUGAUUUGCAGAAUCCUAAUGACAAAAGAGAAAUUUUAUGUGAUGAUAAGAUGCAAGGUGUAUUCGGGAAAAAAGUCACAAUGUUUCAGCUAAACAAAGUGUUAAGUCAACAUUUAUACAAAGAUGAUGAAUAG